GCAGCUCGGGAAAGCACCGACAGCGCGCAUCUCAAACGAUUCGGAAGCAAAAUGCGAAAAUGCUAAAGAAAUUUGAACCGAACCUAUCUGCGUACCGAGUGCUUUUUGGAUAAUAAUUCAAGUGUUUUCGUACUGAGAAUUCUACUCAAAUUCGAGUGUUGGAUCGUGCUUUACCCUUAUGCGUGUGUGAAAAUGAAACGAAUUAUUUGCCAGCUUUAAUCGGAAAUGGAAAUCGUAAUAAUUCUAUGUGUGCCUUAAUUCUCGUACAGCAAAAGAAAACAAGUAAUGUAAAGCGUGCUGCCAGCGAUGCAAAACCAAACAAAUUAACGAAACAGUUUGUGCCAUAAAAAUAUGCUUUAAGCAUCCAACCAAAAAAACCCAAUAACCAACGUUUUAUGUGAAAAUCGAAAGAACUAAGAACUGGAAAAAUUUCAAUGAAAAUCAAGUUAAAGUCGAAAGAGGAGAACGAAUUCCCCAAGAAACCAAAAAAGCAAAUAUCUGGCAGGCAGUCAAAGCUCUUGUGAAAUUGUGCUUUGCAUGUUAAAUCAUGUGAAAAACUAGCGAUUCAUAUUGCUCACUGGGAAAAAGACUCUCCCAUAGAUGACAAUGUUGAAAGGACAGAGCAGCAGCAGCAAAGUAGCCAAAAAGUGAAAUUGUCCAGAGUCAGUGCACAAAACGAAAAUUCAAAUAGCAUCAGCAUCAGGGAUAAGAAAGCAACGAAAAAACGAACUUUAAAAGGAUUCGUAGUGGAAAUAUAAUUCACCCACAAUACUCUCAAACUGCUGGAGCCCAUUAUGAGCGGAGUGCACACACUGUUGCUGGAUGGGGCACAGGAUGGGGCGGUGGAACAACAUAAACAGCGACGACAAAGUGGCCGGACAAACAUAUCAGCAGCUUACGAUAAUAAUGCUGACAGCAUUGGGGAGCAGGAGCAGGAGCAGGAGGAGCAUAAUCAAACGAGGAGCAGUAGCAAGAGCUCAGCAGCGAGUUAUAGCAUUUCCGCUGGACGAGAAUGGAAACAGAACCCGGAACUGAAGCGACACAACAACAACAACAACAACAAGCUCCGUCUGACCAGCAGCAGUCUGCCCCGCUCAUUUCCGUGGCUACUGAUGGUGCUGCUGCUGCUGUUCUGGCAGGCGAUUGCCACCCUGGCAUCGUCUGCAAAUGACUCGACGAGCAGUACGGCCAUGUCGUUCCAUGGCAAUGGCACCGAUUAUGCCCUGCUCUUUGGUGACACAACAACGGCUCUGGCGCCGGCCCAGACCCCAGUACGCGGCGGUGCUGGUUCGGCCAUCGACGUAAUCGAGGAUGAGGAGGAUGCCGCCAAUGCCAGUGAAUAUAUCUUUGAUCGCACCGAUGUGCGCAUCAUAUUCAUCAGCCUCUACACCAUUGUCUUUUGCUGCUGCUUUUUCGGCAAUCUACUGGUGAUUUUGGUGGUCACCCUGUCGCGACGUCUGCGCUCCAUUACCAACUUCUUUUUGGCCAAUCUGGCAUUCGCAGACUUCUGUGUGGGCCUGUUCUGCGUGAUGCAGAAUCUCUCCAUCUAUCUCAUUGAGAGCUGGGUCUUUGGCGAGUUCCUGUGCCGCAUGUACCAGUUUGUGCACUCCCUCAGCUACACGGCAUCGAUUUUCAUUCUGGUCGUCAUCUGUAUGGAACGCUACUUUGCCAUUGUGCAUCCCAUAACCUGCAAGCAGAUCCUGACUGCGGCACGUCUGAGGAUGGUCAUUGUCACUGUUUGGAUCACAUCGGCCGUCUACUCAACGCCCAAGUUUGUCUUCAGCAAGACCAUCAAGAAUGUGCACACACAGGACGGGCAGACGGAGGAGAUCUGUGUGCUGGAUCGUGAGAUGUUCAACUCCAAGUUGCUGGACAUGAUUAACUUUGUGCUGCUGUAUGUGAUGCCGCUGCUAGUGAUGACGGUGUUGUACAGCAAAAUUGCCAUCGCCUUGUGGCGCAGCUCUCGUGGAUUGACACCGCAUGUGGUUCAGCAGCAACAGCAGCAGCAGCAGCAGCAUCAUCCCUCUGGUCAGGACAAUAGCAUGGGCAUGCACAAUAGCAUGUACCACCAUCAUCAUCAGCAUCACCACAUCCACGCGCAUCAUCAUCACCAGCUGCCAUCAGCUGCGGCGUCAGCGGCGUCCACGGUGGGUUCAGGACCGGCAACAGGAGUGGCUGUGGGAAUGGCUGUGGGAAUGAGUGGCGGCGGUGGUGCGUCACUUGCUUCCGGCAGCAGCAGCACCACGUCCUUGUCACGUAAACAGAGCAGUAAAUACGAGAAGCGCGGCGUCAGCAUCACCGAGAGCCAGCUUGAUAAUUGCCAGGUAUCUCUGGAGGCCGAUCGACCGAUUGUCAGCGCCUGUCGCAAGACGAGCUUCUAUCAUCAUCCGCAUCAUCAGCGACAGGGCAAUGGCGGGGGCAGCGGCAUGGGCAUGGGCAUGACUGGUGCCACACACAUGUCGCACUCCUCGAGCAAUGUCCUGCGCGCCCGCCGUGGCGUCGUCCGUAUGCUGAUAAUAUUUGUGCUGACAUUUGCCCUCUGCAAUCUGCCGUAUCAUGCUCGCAAAAUGUGGCAGUAUUGGUCACGUUCGUAUCGCGGUGAUUCCAAUUUUAAUGCGCUGCUAACGCCACUCACCUUUCUGGUCACGUACUUCAAUUCGGGCGUGAAUCCCCUGCUCUACGCCUUCCUCAGUCGCAAUUUUCGCAAGGGCAUGAAGGAGCUGCUCCUCUGCUCGUGGAAGAAGGGCAAGGGCAAGGGCUCCUCGAACUCGUCGAUGCACCACAAGCGCAAGGCGCUGCAGACCCACUCUCUGCCCACGGACACCACGCACAUUGGCAACGAGCAGCUAUGAUGGCCAAGCUGCUGGAAGACGCCCCUCAAGCUCUUCGGCCGACGCUCGUAGAACUCAACAGCAGCAGCAACCGCAACCGCAACCGCAACCCAUCCCAGGACCGCCACCUUCUAGCCACUUCUAGUCCGUUCAGUCCUUAGCUAGCUAUAAUUUCAUUGUGAUUUUCUGAGAAGCCUAUUGCUUGGAUUGCAUUGGCAAUUAAAAACGAACGGGUACAGCCCGCAGAGCCCAGCGUAGAAUUUAGCCAUUAUCGAGUUGUAUUAACGAUACGUAAGUAAGCCAUUUUUUAAAGCUAAAAUAAACAGCAGAACAAACCGAAUAACGGAUAGUCUUCGAGUGCGAGUAAGCCUACUCGCUUAACUCUCUCUCUCUCUCUGUCUCAACUUGUCAAGUUUUUAGUGUAAGCUCUUAUUUUUAAUGUCAUUUAAUAUGAAGAAUAAACU